GGGGAGGGACAACUGACAUAUUUAACCCAGAAAUAAGUCAUAAGAUCUUAAAAUACUGACAUGAUAUGAUUGACCAUAAAAACAAAAGUUACUAAGUAUAGUACUUAAAUACAUAACAUGUAAUACCUUCUUAUGUCGUAUGUCAUGUCAUUCACAGAAUGAUUUCCUAUGAUUGAAUUACAUUCAUUUUGAACAAUACAAUCAAUAUAUGACUGAUUACUAUACUAUAAAUGAUUGUAAUGUACUAAGAAACUAUGUCUUUUUUAUAAGAAAGAAUAAUGAAAAAGAAUCAUCCUUUGCAUUUUUUUUAUCUUUUCAUUGUUCAUUUUCACUUCAAAUGGUGCUAAGAAGAAUCUAGCACGAAAAUUAGAAACAAUACAUCGUUUACAUACAUAUUAUAGAAAUUCUAUUCUACUUUGUAAAGUUCCAACACAACCUCCAGCUGAAGAUAUGGAAGUAUUGCGUUGGAAUGAUAUCUUAGCCAAUAAUGCUCAACAAGUAGCAAAUAAAUGUGAUUUAAAUCUUGAUUUAGUCAAUGAUAGAUUAUUAGAACAUUUUGAAUCGAUUGGACAAAAUGUAGCUGAAUCGGAUACAAUUGAAAAUGCAAUGGAAAAUUGGUUCCGAGAAUAUCAUAAUUAUAAUUAUGAAACAGAUAAAUGUAAUGGAAGUUGUUCAAACUAUAGACAAAUGGUUUGGGCUAAAACUAAACAUAUUGGAUGUGGUCUUAAUAAAUGUAAAAAAAGAAAAUUGAUGAUUGUCUGCAAUUAUUCACCAUCAGCUGAUGAUAAAGGUAAACCUUACGUAAUUGGGGAUCAAAGUCAGUGUUUAUUAAAGGAAUAG